AUGAAAGCCUGCACUCUAGCCCUCCUCGCCACGGCAGCGGCGGCAGCGCCGUCCCCGGAGAUUCCGUACUCGCAGUGGAUGACCGACUCGAUGAUCCGCAACGGCUACCAGCUUGCGCCGACGUUCCACUACGACGAAGCGACGCUGUACACGUCGUUCGAGGCCGUGUACGACGCCAACAGGAACGAGACGGUGCUCGAGUUUUACCGCAGCCACGUGUAUGCCGUCGUGCUCGAGGACGGGACGAUCGACGGGUUCAACCACUCGCACUACAGCCUCGACAACUACCGCUUCGGCAACAACAUUCUCUGGUGGUACGAGCGGACGGGCGAGGAGCGGUUCAGGAUCGCGGCGGGGAAGAUCAAAGACCAGCUGGACAGGCACCCGAGGACGCCGACGGGCGGGUUCUGGCACAGGCUGCUGGGCUACUUCCGCGCCGUGGCGGGUGGGCUGCGGGCGGUGCAGGACGAGACGGGCGGCUGGUGGAAUGUCAUGAGCGAGCCGUACCCGGGCCGGCCGGGGAACUACAUUGAGAGCUCGGCGAGCGUCAUGUUCACGUUUGCGCUGUUGAAGGGACUGAGGCUUGGGAUCCUGCCCAAGGAGGAGUUUACGGAGACGGCGGUCAAGGCGUACCGGGGCAUGGUCGACAUGUUUGUCACGGAGAAUGACGAUGGGACGCUGAACUGGGAGAAGACGGUCGAGGUGGGGAGUCUGGGGAGCAAUGCCACGUUCGAGUACUAUUCGAGCAUCAAGCUGAGACAGAACGAUCUGCGUGGAGGCGGCGUAUUCAUGUUGGCGGCCCUGGAGUGGGAGAGCCGGACGUGCUGA